GGCCCUGGCAAGGAACAGUACUCCGCUGUAAUGCGCCGUACCUCAGUGUACCUGUGUACUAUAACACAGUAACAGCGCUGGGUCUGCUACUGUAAGUGGUGUGAUUUUUGCCCCCCGAAAAAAAUAACAACCUCAUGUCAUCACCGCCCCCCGAUUUAACCAACAUCACCAUCUCCUCCGCUCUUACACCGCGUUUCCUGCACCCCUCUAGCCCCUGGAUUUCCUCGGAUCCGAUGUUGGUGCAAGCAGAAAGCUCAAUAUAAUGAGCCAAGAAUAUUUCCCCAGCAAAGGCAAGGGCCCUGCUGUGCCCGGCAACGACGACCAAGACGCGCCGCAGCACCAUGAUGCGCCCCAAAACGGCAGACCAGGAUUCAUGACUGUCGGCAGCGGCACCACCUCCGAACACGCCUCGCGAUUGCAACACCUCAUCGAUGUCGACUCUGGCUACGGCGGCAGCAGCAUCGCCGACGACGACCUACUCUCCAUGCCAGCCGCUGGCUCCUGGGACGUUCCCCACGCAAAGGCUCGUCGCCACUCGGGAGCUCUUCAUCAAAUGUGGUACAACAAGCAGCGCGCUGCUCUCGGACGAUCGAUCAACUCGGUGCUAGAGCUUCUCGCUGAUCUCCAGAAUAUGAACACAUCGUGGCCUGCCCACUACCCAUCCGUCCAGAGAGUCGAAAAGUCCGCCGCGGCGGUACGACCGGCCCUUUCGCACUCCGCGUCCACCGAGGACCUACCGUCGCCAUCUAUUGCUGAAAAUGUGCCUCUCUUGCGCAGAGCAAUGACGAGUGCAUCCGAAGCCGAGGCUGCCGAGUCGAGCCGCGUUGGAGAAGCCCGUUCCGUCCCGGAGCCUCGACUAGUUACGCCGCAGAUUGCCCAAGAGUUUUCCAUCUUGAAGCUAGACCUGAAGCUUGGUGCCCUGCACCAGGCUGAGCUUGUGCAUUCUUUGGAGAAGAACUCCAUUGCUGCGCUGCUCGAUGGCAAGAUCAGCUCGAGCAUCAAGCACCUGCUCGCUCUGCGAAGCCGUAUCGAAGACACAGCCAGCAAGGUCCUCAUUACUGGCGAUUUGAACGCCGGCAAGUCGACAUUUUGCAAUGCUCUCCUGAGAAGAAAGGUUCUUCCCGAAGACCAACAGCCUUGCACCGCCAUCUUCUGCGAAGUUUUGGACGCCCGGGAGAAUGGAGGCGUCGAAGAAGUACACGCCGUGCACAAGGAGGCCACCUACAACAGAAAUGAUGAAUCAAGCUACGACGUCUACAGCUUAAAACAACUCGAAGAAAUCGUUGUUGACAACGAAAAGUAUACACAAUGCAAGGUCUACGUCAAGGACGAAAGAGCCAUUGACGAGUCUCUGCUCAACAACGGAGUUGUUGAUAUUGCCCUCAUUGAUGCCCCAGGCCUAAACUCGGACACUACCAAGACGACGGCCAUCUUCGCUCGACAAGAAGAGAUUGAUGUUGUCGUUUUUGUCGUGUCUGCUGCAAACCACUUCACUCAGUCCGCCAAAGAGUUCAUCUGGGCUGCCGCGGCCGAAAAGGCCUACAUCUUCAUGGUGGUCAACGGAUUCGACACCAUCCGCGACAAGCAGCGUUGCCAGAAGAUGGUUCUCGAUCAGAUCUCGAACCUCAGCCCCCGCACAUCAAAGGAGUCUGCAGAGCUCGUCCACUUUGUGUCCAGUAACGCUAUCCCUGUCGCUGGACCCAGUGGCAACCCUGGCGAUGACGACGGCGAUGACGGAGAAGGCAAGGGCAAGGGCAAGGAUGAAGAUAAAAUCCGCGACUUUGAGGCUCUUGAGCAGAGUCUGCGCCGAUUCGUGCUGGAGAAGCGCGCUCGAUCAAAGCUGACACCCGCCAGAACUUAUCUUCUUAACAUCCUCAACGAUGUAGGCACCCUCGCCACUGUCAACCAAGACGUUGCCAAGACAGAACUUGAGCGAGUCUCAAGGGAACUUGAGGUGAUUGAACCGCAGCUGGAGUCGAGCAAGAAGGCUCGCUCAGAAGUAGAUGAGGAGGUGGUACAGAAGAUCGAAACCACCUGCAAGCAAGUAUACGACGAGACCCGAAGCAAGCUGUCUGCUGCCAUCACGGAAGCCGGCAGCGCCGACUACGAUGUGCCGUACCCCGGCCUCUUUGGUGCCUUUACUUUUGCCGAAGACCUCAAGGACGCCAUCCUCUCGCAAAUUUCUGAUGCCGUAUCACGCUGCGAGCAGAACGCCCGGGAGAAGACGUUGGGUGGCGUCAACGCCAUCAAGCAGCUUGGUCUGUUGCAUGUUGGAGACGAAUUCCAGAACCUCCAGUUCCGCCCUGAUGUCAUGUUCAAGCGCAAGCGCGAUGCUCUCGCCCGCGACGUCCACGUAUCUACCGAGCUUCUCGACUUUGUCGACUUGUCCACGCUGCUCCAGAAGCAAGAGAAGAUGGCUGGCACCGGCAUGGCCCUGACAUUGGCUACGGCGCUUGUCCCCCGCAUGGUGGGCAUGAACAACUGGGUCGACAAGGCCAUGACGGCGUCUCGCGUGUUGAGCAGCGAAAACAUGCGCUCGCUUAUCCUACCUGGCCUCGUGCUCGCCGCCGUCGCCGCCUCCGCCUACGUCCUACAGCAGAUCCCCAAUUCGCUGCCCCCUCGCCUGGCCAGCAAGAUAUCUGCACAGCUUGCCGAGAUGGACUAUGUACACGCAAACUCUACCCGCAUCUCGUCAGCCGUCCGCAAGGUCCUCCGCUUCCCCGCGGACAACCUGCGCGUCCGCCUUGAGGAAAGCGUCAAGGAUCUAGGUACGCGCCGCGACGAGACCAUCAAGACUAUGGGCGAGAGCCAACGCGCAUCCGACUUCUUCAAGGGCCUCGUUGACCGCAGCGAGGCCCAGCGCCGCGUCGUCACCGCUGUCGACUUGGAAGCACCACCCCCUGGUCUGAUAUAGAUGUGAUGGACAGCGAUGUAUGGAUGGCUUUCUUUUGUUAUUUCUUCUUUUUCGCCCCAGGACUACUGUUGCCAUGUAUCUUGGAAUGACCUAUCCCCCUCUUCUUAUUUUUUGAUUCCCCCCUAUAACAUCUUUUAAACCUCCCCUAUUAUUACACUUUUCUGGCAUGCAUGUGAAGGAGGGACGAAGGAAACGCAACUGUCGGUUUGGACUUGACUCCGAGAUUGCACUGUACGAUACAAAAACAGCCCCAAUAGCAUAGCAAGCUUGCAUGAAUUUACAAUACACGACCCUAAAUCUACAUGGACCAACAUGUGCUAGUUACCAUUAUACGUGAUGUGUGUGACAUCUCGUGGGCACUUGGAUAUUGUAGUCACAACCUUCCGUCACCUAAAAGUCACAUCUUAAUAUACCCCAAAGUAUAAUCACACACAAGCUCAGACAGAACACACAAAGUCAUAAGAACCCAAAUCUAAUAUAAUAAACAGCCGUAGCAUGAUAUAAAAAAGUACACGUAAAUUCAGGUCCUCCCUCGGAGCUGAGAUGGCCGCCGAAAAAAAAUAAUACACCAAGUGAUGGAGAAAAAAAGACGCAAUACAAGACACAUCGUGUCCUAUUCCAUUUUUCUUUCUCUUC